UAGGCGUGACCAGUUGGGUGAAAAAUGUCACCAUGACAACGGGAACCAAGGGAGAAGUUCAUUGGUCGCCUGUCCAUGAUGGACAGUUUGUGAUAAACCAUGGCUCCAAUAUCAGUCUGUACAAGGUGGAGAAGAACAAAACCAGCCAAAACUGUAUAAAACUCUCGACAGACAGAUGGGCCACACAGUUAGCUGUCAGUUCCGAUGACCUACAGUACAUGAAGUGCCUGGCAUGGCGCCCUCUGAACAGCCCAGACAACAUCAUAGCAGUGGGUCAAGCUAAUGGAAGAGUACUCCUCACAAGCUUUGGCAAUAAAACAAAUGAUCUUGUGGGGAAAGAAUUUGCCCCACGUCAUUCCCGGCAGUGCAGCUACCUGGCCUGGAAUCCGUUAGAGCCUAACCUUCUUGCAGAGGGAUUUGAGAGAUACAAAAAUGACCAUUGUAUUGCAAUCUGGGAUGUUACUGCCAAGCCUUACACCAAUGAGAUGCCUGCAACACCAGACCGUCAACGAGUCAGCCUCAGCGAGUCCGGGGUGAUUUGCAGGCCUCACACAGAGUUAGGUCCGGGGGAAGGGUCGUCUUCAUUCUCCUGGUUCACCUCCACCAAUAAGUGCUUUGUGACGGGAAUCAACGGGAAGAAUUUAAGAAUCUAUGAUCUCAGAGCUGGCAUGGAGACGUCAAGAGCACAGAAAGUUGCUAUGACGAAGUUAGUGUGGGGAGUGUGCGUGGACCCUCAGUGUGACAAGAGAGUCGCCUCUUUCUUUGAGAAUGUUGUAGCGGUAUGGGACACCAGGAACUUUGACAGACCUCUAGUGACUCUACCUCAGGAGAUGAAGCCUGUGCUCAGGAUAGAUUGGUGCCCAACCAGGCUAGGUUUGUUAACCACAUUGACCAAAGAGAGCGGAGUGAUCAAACUUCAUGACAUCAGACAUUCCUCUGUGGGUACAGACGAACCAGAACCUAAUAUAAUGGAGAGAUUCAUACAGCCGCUGGCACAUGAAAAUAUUACAUCUUACUCUUGGAAUCCAAAACUAGAAAAUCGUCUCUUGGUGGCUACACCAAGGGGGAAUCUGAAGGAAACCACAGUUUAUGAAAGAAUUGCAUUGAGCUGGUCAGCUGAGGAUCAUGUGACCUGGUCAUGCAGCAGGAAGACGAUAGACUGUAGUUAUAAUGGAAAACUCGAAUCGGCCGAUAUUUCCUUGAAAAUACGUCACAGAGCUUUGAGUGGAUAUGGCUUGAGGAUGGAGCAGUUGUGGGAAAAUGCUGAGCUUAUGGAGAAUGAACCCAAUCUGAAGACUCUGUGGAUGUGGUUGGAUUCUGUCAAAUCCCUGAUUGAAGAAAACAAGAAACAUAGCCAGGUGAAGAACGGCAUAUCCAAGUUUGUGGGAGUUCAGCAUGUGCUAAGGGGAGACAAAUCUGAGCUUGACGGGGAUAGUUCCACGGAGCACUAUAAACAUUUCACGGACCUCGAGCACAGUUCUCCCCUGAGAAUGUAUCAGAGUGACGUCAGGUCACGCGCUCUACAGCUGUGUGGCUGGACUACUGAAGGAUUGGGCAGUAAACUGCACAGCCUGAAGGAGGAUGGGUGGUAUGAGAGAGCAGCUGCCCUGGCCUUGUUCAACCUAGACCUGAAUACCACCUUGGGGAUCCUUAGUCACGGGGCAGAGGUGUCGCGUGCCUCAGACUCCACUAGUGCCUCUACACUGAAUGCGGUUGCCAUGGCAUUAUCAGGCUACACAGAAGACCCAGCUGCUCUCUGGCAGAGGAUGUGUAUGGGGCUGUGUCGACAGCUGACGGACCCUUACCUACGCGCUAUGUUUGCCUUCCUCACAGGAGAGCGCCUGGACUAUGAAGACGUUUUGAAUGAGGAUGGAAUGCAGAUUCAGGACAGAGUGGCUUUUGCCUGUAUAUUUCUCUCAGACAUUAAGUUGGCUGACUACAUCGACAGACUUACGGCACGACUGACGGAGGAGGGAGAUUUAGGGGGUAUACUUCUGACAGGUCUGACAACAGAGGGUGUUACUCUGCUGGAGAAGUAUGUUGACAACACGGGAGAUGUGCAGUCAGCUGCCCUUGCUUGUAUCUCCACUUUUCCCAGUGAAAUUGCCAAAGACAAGCGGGUCCAAGCAUGGAUUGAUAACUAUUGUAACUUACUGGACAGAUGGCGGCUGUGGCACCAAAGGGCGGAGCUGGACAACCUGCGUUACUGUAACUCCGGCCUCUCUGGGUUAUCCCAGCCCCCGUCUCAGGUGUAUGUCAGCUGUAACUUCUGUGGCAAGUCCAUCUCCUCCAACAAUCCUGUCAGACAGAGACCCUUCCCAGGCCUGUAUGGAUCCCAGCAAACAAAGUCACGGAUAUCCAGCUGUCCUGGCUGUAGAAAACCCCUGCCUCGUUGUGCCCUCUGUCUGAUGCACAUGGGCACAGCCUCGGGCACACAGAGACAGAACCAGCCGAACAAAACAGAUAACCUACCUGCCAAGCUAACGCUGUUCAACACCUGGUUCACCUGGUGCCAGACCUGUCGCCAUGGCGGCCACGCAAGUCACAUCCUUGAAUGGUUCAGGGACAACAUGGAGUGUCCUGUGACAGGCUGCAACUGUAAAUGUAUGAUGUUAGACUCCAUAGGCCGGCUGAUGAACGAGGCUCAUUCCUGACCCAGACAACAUGGCCGUGCUACAAACAGAGGUGAAGCUGCAAUUAAACUGAUCCUAGCACAGGACAUCAAUGGUUGUGCUUGAGAACAGAGGUGAACCUGCAAUCUCUGGAGAGAUACACAAAUCUGAUCCUAGCACAGGACAUCAAUGGUUGUGCAUGAGAACAGAGGUGAACCUGCAAUCUCUGGAGAGAUGCACAAAUCUGACUUUAGCAUAGGACAACAAUGGUUGUGCUUGAGAACAGAGGUGAACCUGCAAUCUCUGGAGAGAUACACAAAUCUGAUCCUAGCACAGGACAUCAAUGGUUGUGCUUGAGAACAGAGGUGAACCUGCAAUCUCUGGAGAGAUACACAAAUCUGAUCCUAGCACAGACAUCAUGGCUAUGCUUCAGAGCAGAGGUGAAACAGCAAUCUCGGGAGAUUUGCAAAUCUGAUCAUAAUGCAGACAUCAGUGGUCGUGCUUCAGAGCAAAGAUGAAAUUGGAGGUUCUGCAGUCUCUGACAAGAUACAUGUGUAUGUGUAUGCAAAUCAGACAGUGAUGCAGACAACAUGGUGGAACUCAGAAGCAGAGGUGAAGUGGCAUCCUCCAGACAUGUAUGCAAAUAUGAUGUUGCAAACUGCUUGACAAAACAUGUGAAAUUCCAUGUGACAUAUGAGAAUUCCUACAUUUUAUCUAUAAACAUGCUUAGCUUACCAACACAUAUAGAGGCCAUCAGAAAGAACCCCAGUCUUGUUGUUGUCAUGACAACCUGGUUAAAGGGAGAAAACAUUAAAAAUGAAGUAUUGUAUUUCACCUAAAGUUUAGCAUUUUUCAAGUGACACAUUUUGCUUGAUUCUGACUGAGGAGUUUGUUUAUGAAGUUUGAUUAAUUUGUUAUCAGAAAGACUAAAGUGUUGCCACAAACAGCCAUACUAAAUACUACAUGCAUUUUUCAUUUUUUUAAUGUUUCUUUCCCAUUUAGUAAAAAAUAAUGCUACCCUGGCAUUGUGAAAAGCUUCUAACGAAUUCUAACAUCUAUUGUGACUACAGGAUUUACAGUUUCACGUUUCUUGUGAGCAUCAUUCUGUGUAGACGCGCACAGUUCAUUCUUUGUUUUUUACCGAACUUCAGGUGUAUACAGUUAUCAUUUGAAAG